AUGAAAAAUCGAAUCAAUUUGCAACGAUUCAAAAACACGAUUGGUUUAACCUCUCCUUCCGCCUCUGCAGCAGAACAUGAGGAUUCUAUCAUUGAUGGAGAACAACAGCCAUCAACUACUACUACUAGUGCUACUACCACCACUACUACGACUAAUAGUACAAUGACUGGUGCAAAUCACUCAUCAUUAUCGAACCGACGUACCAUUGGGUAUCAUCAUCACCAUGUUUCAGAUUUUCCUUCCGAUGAUGAUCAAAUUUCACCCUCUCUCACGGCAAGUCCUCCAAUUUUAAAUUAUCAAGUCGGUAGCAAUGGAUUACCAAUCAAUUACAAUUCUGAAUAUUUUCGGAGAACUACUAUUGGACAACAAGGUGAUGAUCAUGAUGGUGAGUAUUACGGCAGCUCCAGUAGUCCAUCACCAUCGACCUUUCGACAGUCGCGUCGAUUAACUGAAGAUUAUCAAAAAGUGAAAAAACCGUCACAAAAGAAGAAAAAGAAGAAUUUAUUUGCGAGUUCUGCAGAAGUUUUUCCCAAUGCAUGGAAUGACGUUUUUGAUGAUGACGAGGAAAUCGAUGAAGAGACAGAAUUUAUAAAUCCUCUCUUUAAACAUUCAGAUCAUGGUGGCAUCCAUCGAAGCAGUGAAAUCGAAGUCAUUUCAGUAACUUCACAACAGUCUACAUUAUCGCAGUCUCUAUUAGAAAUUAAGACAAAAUUAGAGCAAGAUUUGGAAAAAGAAUAUAUUUCAAAGAAAACCAUACUCGAGAAUGAAUUGAAAACUGCUCUCGAACAAGAAAAAAAUUUGGAGCAAGAUUGUAAAAUAGUUAAAGAAGAAAUUGAAAUGCUCACAUCCAAGCUUCAUACAGAAAAAGGAAAAUGGGCUGAAACUACCCUUCAUAGAAUCAAGUUGGAAAAGUCAACCAAACCUGUCACGCUCAAUGUAGGAGGAAAGCGAAUGAAAGCAUCACUUUCAGUACUCAUGGACACCACACGGGAUCCAAACUCAGUGAUCGCAAAGAUGUUCAAUGGAGAAUUUCCGCUUCGAAUCUGUAGCGAUGGUUCAUACUUUAUCGAUUGCGAAGAGAGCAUGUUCAAACUGGUGUUACAUUGGCUUCGCUAUGGAAAGUUGAAUAUUGAUUGUGAAGUGACCAAAGAACGAUUAAGCCAUGUGGCUGAAUAUUUUGGGCUUGAUAGACUGAAAGCCAUCUUGAAAGAUGAAAUUUAUAUAACUAAUUGUGAAUCUAACUCAUCAGAAUUAAGAAUUGAUACUGACUCAAAUAUUUCUCAGGCUGAAUUUUCUCAUCUUGUCAGCGUAUCAAAGUAUCAGAAGAAGCCCUUGGUGAUAACCAAAACCGAUUUAACUCAACUUCAAUUUGACAACAUGACAUUCACUGAUGCAGAAAUCGUUGAUUGUAAUUUAUCUGGUUUGGACAUUCGAGGAACUCAUUUCAAAGGAUGCUCUUUUAAGUCUUGUGAUUUUAGUUCAACCAAAUUCAAAACAUGUAAUUUUGCAAGUUGUGAUUUCUCUCAAUCCAACUUCUCAAAAGCUGAAUUCUUAAACUCUACUCUUUCACAUUCCAAGCUCACAAGAUGUCACAUCGAUAAGGCUACAUUCAAAAACACAAAAUUUGAUGGCACAGAUCUUACACAAGUGGCUCUCUCAAGUGGAUACAUUAUUAACCAAUGCUCGUUUUCAGGUUCAACCUUUAAUGAGGAAACACUUCGAAAUGCUUCCAGUCUGAAGGGAAACAAUUUCUCCAAAUGCUCUCUCAUUGGAUUUAAUUUAUCAAAUUUAGAUUUUUCUGAAUGUGACUUUUCACAUGCCAAUCUUUCAAACUGCAAUUUCAGUAAGACCAAAUUAUAUCAAUGCAAUUUGAGUCAUGCCAAUCUAACGUAUUGCAAAUUAGAUGGAUGCUCGUUGAAAAAAACUGAUCUCACCGGUGCCAUACUAUUCGGAUGUGAUUUAAAAACUGUUUCCUAUGAUGGAUUCAACAUUUCUGGGUGCAAACUUAAUGGAGCCCUCUUUGAUGUUCAUACAUUCCAUGCUUCAGAAAGCGUGACAGGAAUUGAUUUUCGAGGAUGUAACUUGGAUGGCUUUGAUUUUUCUGAUCUCGAUCUCUCAAAUUCAUAUUUUGAAGGAACCAAACUUGAUGACACCAAUUUCAUGAAUUGCAAUUUAACAAAUGCCACCUUUGUUAAUUGCGACCUUAGAAAUGCCAACUUGCACAACUCCAACAUUACAUUUUGUAAUUUUAACAAAUGUAAAUUGCACAAUUAA